GCAAUAAGGUGAAUAUCUGACUUACGUCAGUGUGGGUGUCUCAGUGUCGGCGGCCAUUAUUCUACGUAUAAUAUUAUAUUUUUUUGUUUUGCGCUAUACAAUAUUCGAAACAAAGAAGUUGAUUGUAUUCAAUAUUCGCUAAUAUACAAUCAUUUUGGUUCAAAUAAAAUUAUAGUACAAAAUGAAUCCAGAAUACGACUACCUGUUCAAAUUACUCUUGAUUGGUGACUCUGGUGUUGGCAAAUCCUGUCUCCUACUCAGAUUCGCAGAUGAUACGUACACGGAAAGUUAUAUUAGUACUAUCGGAGUGGACUUCAAAAUAAGGACUUUAGAUUUAGAUGGAAAGACAAUAAAGUUACAAAUAUGGGACACAGCAGGCCAAGAACGGUUUAGAACAAUCACUUCAUCAUACUACAGAGGAGCACACGGCAUCAUUAUUGUUUAUGACUGCACAGACCAGGACUCAUUCAGCAACGUGAAGCAGUGGUUAGAGGAGAUCGAUCGCUACGCAUGCGACAAUGUUAACAAGUUGCUCGUCGGCAAUAAGUGUGAUCUGACCACAAAGAAAGUUGUCGACUACACCACGGCUAAGCAAUACGCGGAGCAGCUCGGCAUACCGUUCCUCGAGACGUCGGCGAAGAACUCGACCAACGUGGAGCAGGCGUUCAUGACGAUGGCGGCGGAGAUCAAGGCGCGCGUGGGCCCGCCGUCGGCCGGCGCGCCGCCCGGCGCCGCCGUCAAGAUCGACCAGGGCCGCCCCAUCGACACCGGCAAGUCCUCCUGCUGCUGAACGGCCCGCACGGGUGGCGGCAGGGAGCAGGUCGAAGGGCGCCGGUCGCUGCACCCAGCUGUUGAACUACAAUUACCACAAAUAAAAUUCAUGAUCGCAUCCCUAUUAUUAAUAAUAAAUAAAUAAAAAUUAUAUAUAGUUCCGAGUGCCGUCGGUCUCGUAAUGUUAAUUCGUAAGCUGACUCCUUUUAAGUUGCUACUGUCCGGUGUAUUAGAGGAGCGAGGCGGAAUGUAUGGGUGGAUGUUUAUACAUGUUUAUAUAUAAUGAAUAUUGUAGGUUAAUUUCGUGCUGUAUUCCAAAAUAUAUAUGAACACGGAGAGGUAUAUGUGUUUGUAAUGUCGGAUGUUUUGAAACGAGCCUUUUGAUAUCUUAAGAUGUAUACUUAAGUAUAACUCGACCGGUUGGCUAUCGAUUUGUAAUACCGCGUUCCUAUUUUCUGAAAACGGUUCCUAUUGCCCGUGAGCGUUUGCUACGUGUCGUUGUUCGUGAGUAAAACGAAUGGUUUUCUGAUUAUAGGAACAGGUAAGUGUCUCGCAGAAAUAGUUAGCACAGUUGCACAUAGUUGGUCGGCCGCCGUGCUGUCAUACAAACGGAGAUUCAUUGUCACCACGAAGCGUAGGCUAAUUUUUAUUAUUUAAUCUGCUUUUCUUGCGUUUUUACAUCAUGAACGUCACAGAGGUACUAAUUUUAUAAAUAUCGUCUGCACUGGGUGUUAUUAUUCAAUAUUAAUAAUAUACUUAUCAAUUGCGAUGCGUACUGGGGUUGUGCUGUUCGAAAUUUUGUGUUAGAUAUUCUCAUUUAACAGAACACUAGUAUAUUUUAACACAAAAUUGUAGAUAUAGCAACAUUGCCUUAGGAAAUUUAGACAGAUGUAUAGUAAACUUACGUAGCCAUCGAUAACAAUCAAGCGGGAACAUAGUAUUAAUUAAAAGACAUAUUCAUAUACUGAUAUCACUGAAAUUGUGAUCCUUUUAAAAUAUAUACCGCUUAGUGUUUUAAAUAUUAAUCAAAUUUAAUAAAGGUUGGAACACAUUAUAGCUACACUGUUUGAGUUAUAAUGUGAUCAUUUUGAAAUGUAUUGUGUUUUUGAAAUAUCACAAGUACAUAGACAAAAAGAUCACUUUGAGAAGGUAAUUAAUUUUAGAUAUAUGAUGUAUGUAACAUUACAUGUUAAAUAAAUUUAAUUUUUUAUUAAAGUAGAUAAGAUACUUAAUUUUUAGCAUAAAAUAAUAGAAUGGUGUUUAAAAAUAACUUAACAUCAAUGUGUUCCAUAUCUUCUUAUUACAUAUGAAGUAAUAAGCAAUGUUUGAUUAUAUUAUUAUAAUAAUGUGAUUGAUAUUUAAAAUGUUAAGUAAAUAAAUUAUUAAUUAUUAUUUCCAUCUUAUAAUAUUAACUUACUCAGUAUGUCGUUAUUUUUGUACUAUUAUGUGAAGAAGUUAAGUUUACUUAAUCGAUCCGCUAACCCACUGUAAUUCUGUAUUGAGGGUUUCUUAGAAAUUAAAACAGUAUGCUAUUUAAA